AUGUCAUCCACACCGAUGGACCUCGACCGCCCAGAGCGCAAUGGAACGUCACUCAAUAUUGCGCGGUCAACAGCACCAGUAUCCAACCUCACCGACGUCAUUUCAUCUUUUCGCCCUACCAAGGUUAGUUCGAAAUUGAUAAAACCUACCGCACUCAGAUCGUAUAUCAUCGUCAAGCGGCUAACAAACCAUGCGCUGUUGCAGCUUCUCCGCCGCGAAGACAUCAAAGACCCCCGCCAACCUCCGCAUGUACUCUCGAUAGACUACAACGACGAUGGCGAGCUGCUCAUGACGUCAGCCAGCGACGAGACGAUACAAAUAUACAAUAUCAGAGAAGGGAAACAUGAGAAGAGCCUUGUCAGCAAGAAAUACGGCGUCAAGCUCGCAAAAUUCACACAUACAAGCUCUAGCAUCAUCUACGCCAGCACCAAGCAAAAUAACGCCAUCAGAUAUCUCGCUACUCACGACAACUCCUUUAUUCGCUACUUCGAGGGCCACGAAGGCCCCGUCACCUCCCUCGCUGUGCACCCUGGCAGUGACAACUUCAUAUCGUGCUCGCAGGACAACACGGUGCGCCUGUGGGACACGCAGACCAAGAAUUGGCAGGGUCAGCUCCUCCUACGAUCCCCUUACCUGGCCGCAUACGAUCCUUCCGGCACCGUCUUCGCCGUGGGCUGCCCCAGCUCCGGCUCCAUCCUGCUCUACGACGUGCGCCACUACGACAAAGCCCCCUUUGCGACCGUCGACGUUGUCGACCAGGGCCGCGCCCUCAAUCCGAACCACGUCGUCCGCGGAUGGACUAAGCUCGAAUUCUCCAACGACGGCAAGACGCUCCUACUGGGUACCCGCGGCGUUGGCCACUUCCUGUUUGACGCCUUUGAGGGCACGCUCAAGGCGUACCUGCGCCGUCCGGGCGGCAACACCCGCAGACUGGCCGUGGGCGAGGGCGGCAUGAGCGCAACUAAUAGCGGCGGCGAGUACGAGAGCAGCGGCGACUGCUGCUUCGCGCCCGACGGCCGCUUCGUGAUCAGCGGCUCGCGGCAAGAUGUAGUGGUGUGGGACACGCUCAAGCCGCCGUCCUCGGACAAGAACUUGGAGCCGACGUGGACGCUGUUUGAUAAGCGUGAGACGGCCGUAGUUGGGUUCAAUCCACGAUUCAACUUCUUUGCUACUGCGGACACAGAUCUCAUAUUCUGGCUGCCGGAUCCGCACGCGUAA